AUUUGUAUUUGAAUUAUACGUAACAUAUGGAUCGAAUUUAUAUCGAAUUUGAAUUUCAAUUCUUAACAAAUAUGAAAAUGCCUAAAGUUCCGAGCCUUGCAUUAAGUAUAAAAUUAAGUAGAUAUGUAUAUACUAUGAUAGUCACCUGACGAAUCAACUAACGAAGACAUUCAUUAUUUAACUAUUAAAGCUCCAACAGUACAACACAUGUAAUUUAAAAAUGUUAAAAAGUAAAAACUAUACAUAAAGGUGAUAGGACCAUAAAAAGCGUAGGUAGAACAUAUUUUGUAAGGCACUAGAUACUGUUAUUAAAAUUCAUAACAUGUAUAUAAUAUUAUAAACACAACAAUAUAAAAACAUAAAACCAUUGAUAUAUUGGAAAAGAUGAAAUAAAUAAAAUGACCGAUAUCUUUAACACACACACCCGCAAACACAAACAUAAAUAUACAGCUAUUGUACGAACAUUAUAGGCUACCUAGCUCCGUAGAAAAGGGAUGCAGACGUACCGCACCAUUGGACAGUCGACGUACCUACCUACCACGUAUUCAGAAGUGGGGUUUUGAAGAGGGAGUAUUUGAGAAAAAUAAACUGUCGACUAUAGCCGGACCAAGACGAUCACCCAACAAACAGUGUUCUGACGUUGGAGUGGAUUUAUGUUGCCCUCGUAUUUUUCAAAUAUCUUACGAUUCUUCGGUCAUUUGGUUUUAAUUUACCAACACUUUAUUGUCCAACGCCGUUGCCGUCCAUUUGAAAUCCGAAUACCUUCAACAUAAAUAUUCGACAAUGGAUGAAAUGAAACAACUAGCCAUGACAUUAAUGCAGUAUAGAUCAUUCAAAGAGAGACAAGAAUAUCUGAGCAAAUCACUCGAUCAUCUGGCAUUCGACUAUCCUGAUAUAUAUGCAGUGUUGUAUAGAGAGAUAAAGAGAAGAGAACUGGAAUCUAAUGAUCCGAAUAGAAUUGCUAAAUGGUUAAGUAAUCCAGCACAAAAUCCAUAUGUCAAGCUUCAUGAAUCAUUGAUGAUGGUAAAAAAUAGCAACAUCAUGGCCAAAGAGGAGUUCAUGUACAAUUUAAGGGGUAUGUUAAACCAAACGAUUAAAAAUGGUACCAACAUUGAAGCAGCAGUGAAAAUAUGCCAUUUAAUUAGAAAAUCAUCGAACUUGAAAAUAUUUAACGAGAAAUUGAAACAACUCAUUGGCCAAGUAAACCAGUUGAGCAACACUCAACGUCAUUAUAUACCAAAAGAGACCAAGCCAGAAAACAUUUGGAGAAACAAUUUCAGACCUCCACAAAUAGACUCUUUCCAGCGAUUUAAUUUUAAAUCUGAUCAACAACAGCAUACCCCUGUUUGGAAAAAUAUGCUGCAAUCAACCAAUUCAGAAGCUGCCCGUGGUCAACCACACUUUAGCAUCGAUUGUUACGGGUAUGAUCAUCUGGAAAUGAUUGCAAGUGUAAGCAGUGCUACUACUGUGAGAAACUCACAGACACCUAUCACCCUGACGAUUGUUGAUCAAGGAAUGGAUGGAGCAGUUGCUAAGUGGCUUCAUUAUUUGAAACUACAUAAAUACCAAUGGUUCUUCAAUAGCCUCAAUUAUCUUGAAAUUGUAUUGAUCGACGAGGACAACAUUGAUGGUUUUAUAGCUAAAGCAGACAGAAACUUUAUUACAAAAGGUGCACAAAAAAAGAUCUGCAUAUCGUCAAAGACGUUGAGGGAUCGUCCACAAAAGUUGAAUGACUUAUUAUUAAAAUUGGAUUUGGAAGUUACUCCAAAUGAACUGUGCGAACUCGUGUCAUACAUGCGAGACAUUUUACAUUAUCCCAUACCGAACAAGAACUGUGUUGUUGGCGAUCAAUUACAACAAGACAUAGUCCUUGUCAUGGAAAAAUUGUUAAAUCAACUGUUGGAAAAACUAGGUUUGGUCCAUUCUUUAGUUGCCCAGAGUUUACUUGGAAUGUCCAUCAAUAAAUACUUGGAAUGUACAUUGUUAAUUAUUGGUAAUCAAAUGUUCGUGAAACAUCAAAUUGACAAAACAAUGAUGUUUGCUGAUACUUUAAAAUAUAAAGUCCAUAGAAUUCCUAGAAACUUUAACUAGGUAACACUUUCAGUAUUAUUCAAUAAAAUCUUCAUAUUAGAUAUUCAAUUUUUAAGUUGA